AUGUUGCAAGAUGAUACACUCAACCCAAGUUUCGUACAGAGCGAGUUAGAGGAAGCUCGUGCCUCUUUGAGCGAUUUAGAGACAGAGUGCGAUAGUCUAGGGUUACAUCUGGAAGCAGCUAUCGCACAGGUCCAGCUAAAGGACCUCAGCCUUCAAGAGAUGGAAUCUAUAAACAGCCAUCUCAAGAAGAGGAUAGACGAUCUCGAGGACCAGGUGGAGUCGCUUAUGGUUCGACAAGCCGGUUCGACAAUCGCUUUCGGGCAGGCUGAUGUUAGCAUCAAGGCGUUGAACAGAAUAUCGACAAUGCAGGAGGAGAUACUUGAAAUCCUGCGAUCAUGCAGUAAUCCUGCACUGAUUGAUACUUCAUAUACCAUCGCACAGGACUUUGCGUUGAGGGUAGCGGAGGAAGAACGAGAAAUAUCCACCCUGCGUACGUCGAAUCGCGAGCUUCACAGGGAGGUCCUUGAGUUGCGUAUGAGGCUCUCUGAGCUGGACCACCGGCUCGUCAUGGCUCGACGUUCGCAGGAACGUAUCCAUCAAUAUUUCCGAGAUUCUGGUGGUCCCGAGAAGACAAGCUCAAAACGCAAAGUCGUUGCGGAUGCAUCGACACCCAGAGGUGGAACGCAGACAUUCUGCGCCUGCGGACAAGUGGUUGCAAACAGAGAGGGAACUUUUGAACGCAUGCAUUCUCUCUUCGGCGCAUUCGGAUCGAGAGUUUCUUGCUCGAUGGGGGAUUUUGUGGAGUUUCUUGCUCUAGACGAUAUUUUGGACGAUUCGGAUGGUACGAGCUCGACGCUUUCUGAGCCAUCCGUGGCGGAGGUAAAGGAAGGGCCAAAGCUUGUCGAGGAGCUUCAAGCGAAGCUGGACGAGGGGAUUUCGGUUCUUGCGGCCAGAGACAGCGCUGUCGAUAAUCUCGAAAGACGCAUCAGCGACUUAACGGCCGCAUUGGAUACCACGAAAGCGCAGCUCAACGAUAAGCAGACAGCGCUGAACUCCUCGGAAGAUAUUCGGGCCGGCUUGGAGGCAGAAUUGUCCAGUACACGGGCAGACCUGAAUUCGCUGCGGUCCGAGUUUUCGGUGACGAGUGAUCGUCUACAUAAUGUUGAUCUGCAGUUUGCGGAGGUGUCGGCAACUCUCGCGGCAGAACGCAGUACUCGACUUCAGGUCGAAGACAACUUGAAGUCACUUCGAGCGGACUUCAGCGACCUCCAGGUUGCUGAACAUGAAGCUCGAGCCAACGCUGACAGGAAGAACGCCGAACUCCAGGACAUGACCAAUCGUAUGGAUGCGCUUCGCUGCGACUUCACAUCACUUGACCACGAACAUCAACAAAUCGCCCAGCGCGCUGCAAAUCUGUAUGCAGAAGUUCAGCAGAACAAUGAGAAGAACGAAACGCUUCAGCUUCAACACAAGCAAACUCUUUCUCGUGUUGCGUCGCUGGAGGGUGAGCUUGUCCGCUCGGCGUCCAAAACCCAGGAGAUAGAAGAAGAUCGGCGAGCGAAAGAAGAUGCAUUGCGCCGGGCGCAUGAGCACAUCAGCCAGCUGGCAGACGAACUCCAGCAAGUCCGGGUGGAAAAUGACGAGCGAUGUGUUGAACUGGGUCACCUAUCGUCACAGCUAGCGGCUGUUAAAGACAGUCACGCAAGGGAGAGAGCUGAGGGCGAAGCCGUCCUUAAGGAACAUCGUCGCAGGCUGGAGGAGGGAGAGAAGGUUCAUAACGCGAGACAUGGUCAACUAUCAGAGGAGAUCAAUAGGGUGCUUGAAGAGCUCAAAGUAAGCUCUCUCGGAGACGUACGCACUGGUGAAGUUACUGAGGGUACCGUAUGGCAGGCACAAGAAGAUCAAUACCAUCUCGACACCGACACUUUACAUGCUACUCAUCGAGAUGAGGUAGCAACUUUGCAAUCCCAGAUAGCUGAGCUGGAGCAACUUCAUGACGAGGAUAGAUCCGCGAUCCGCGAGCUGCAGAUUUGCGUCAGCGACUCUACAGCACGGGUUCAAGAGGCUGAGAGGGAGCUUGCGGACCAGGAGGCGGCGCUUGAGGAAGUACAGGUGCACUUGGCUGAUCGCGAAGCCACUGUAUCUGCAACCACCGUUGAGCUGGAAAAGGUUCGCUCACGACUCGACGAGUCCCGACAACGGACAGACCAAAUCGAGAGAGCUAAAGAUGAAGUCAUCGAAUGCCUAUCUGAAGAGCUCUCGAACGCGCGCGACGCCCACAAUGCGCUCAAAGAGACAUUCUUGGCCAGCGACCAUCAUGCGAAGAAACUGGAGGAGACAUUGCAACAUCGCGACCUAGAGAUUACGCAGCUUCGCGAGUCCCAUCAAAGGGAAGUGGCCGCCUUGACUGCAGAGAAGGCAGAGUGGCACCUCCGCUUUGGCGAGGACCAUGCUAGAAUCCACGAGCUACACGGAGAGCUGCACCGGAUGAAGGACCGCGCGGCAGGGAUGGAGAAACAGCUGUCUGACCAGAAGCACGCAUUAAAGUCGACGGAGGACGCCCUGGCCGAGUCUAAAGCAGCUCUUGCGCUUGCGUCGCAAGAGAUUCUGUCUAAGAAUGUGCAGCUUGACGAAGCCCGUCGACACGCCGCUCAAACCGAGAAGAUGAGGAACCUAGAGAUCAGUCAAUUAAAGAAGGACCUCUCCGAAUCCAACGAAACCCGAGCGAAUCUCAACAAAAACCUCGACGUGGCGAAAGAAACACUUUCAAAGCGCCACGCGGUAGAGAUAGAGGAGGGCAUCAGAAAGCGUUCAGACGAGCUGCACCAGCUUCGCGCACAGCACCAAUCCGCAGUGGAGGAGCUGUAUACAAAGCAUCGGGCAGCAUUGAAACAGCAGGUAACCUCGUCUCUCCAUGAGAUCGACAAACGAGAUAAGGAGCUGAACGCCUUGCGAGGUGAACUUACCGACGCCAAAGAAGCUCUCCGCGCAGCAAACGAGCAAGUUCAGAGCGUGAAGAGUCAGUUUGACAAGCUCUGUCAUAGUGCGGAGGCGUUAGAGAAGACCAAGGACGGGAUAAUCGCACAGCUUCGUACAACGCACGAAGAACAGCACCAUGCGUUACACGCGCAGAAGGAAGAGCUCAGGAACCUCCAUAUCGCGCAUAUUCGAGAGCUGCAAUUGAAGCAUCAAAGCGAAUUCAACGCUCUCAAGCGGAAAGUUGGGGCAACAGGUCUGCUGGGCGGAAUGGCUGGAGCUGUGCUCGCCGGUAUAGUUUAUCUUGCUUGA